UUGCGGAUGUGGGCAGCGGCGGCUCGCAGCCUGACGUCCCCUCAACCUCGGCUCAGCCUCCGUGUAGCUCAGCCUCCCCUCCCCUCAAUCCUGCCCCAGCCUCAGCUGAGCCGGGCGGCAAGAUGAAGGCCACAAAGAAAGUUAGAAAUGUCUGUGCACCUCAGAGUGACGACAUUCGGAAACGGCUCCCUCCCAUCCAUCCAACACCCGAAUCAAUUGUGAAUAAUGAAAUUUCCACAAGCAAACUCAUGAGUUACAGUUCCAGCAAAUAUUACCAGCAGUUACUUGGCAAAAUCAUGAUUGAUGAUGCGCGUAGGAUUUAUGAUGAAGUGAUGCAGGAGAUUGAGAAGAAAGAACCAACUCCCCCUGAACCUCAGUUUCCAUCCACAAUGAACAGCAAGCAGAAGCAGCGAAGGCUGAACUACCUGUUCAUGAAGCGUUGUGUAGAGAGCAGUCCUGUGGUUCCCAUCCAGCAGCAGUGGCUGGACUCCAUCCUGACCCGGGUGCCGCCGUCACUGAGAGAGGGGAAGGUGCGGGAGCUCAUCGUGCGGGAUCUGUUUGAAGAAGUCACCAAAGAUUUUGAGAAGAGCAUGAAGAGGUUUCUGGUGAGGAGUGUUCUAGUGAAGCCAGAAGUGAAGGGGCUUGAGUAUGAAGAUUCGGAGCCACUUCCACAGGAACCCCCACGUGAUGGUUUGGACUUCUCGAACCCCUGGCAUGAGAGCUUUGUAAAAGCUCGAGAGGAGAUUAAAAAAAAUCUCUACAUCCUACACCCAGUGCUGCAGGCGGUUUUGGAUUUAGGGUACCUCACCUUCGCCCACCUGCUGCUGCUGGAUCUGUCCGAUUGUAGAGGCAAAGGGCCGAUUGAAUGUGAAUCUUUCAAGAACAAUGUGGUGAUCGAGCACGGCAAAAUGGAGAAGAAAAUAAUGACCACAUGGUACCCCAAAGUCCUCAGUCUCCUCACCGACAAACACAAGAUCAAGCAAAUCAAGAAUGAGAGAAUCGAAUGCUUCUACUGCAGUGCCAGUGUACUGAUAGGUAACCAGUUGCAAGAAUUCCUUGGAAGGACAGUGAAGGCCUACAUCGACCUUUUCGAUGACGUGGACAAGUACAAGAUGCCCCAGUUUAAGAUGGACUUAAUCUUCGACGAAGACAAAAUGGAAUUCUACCCCACUUACUCGGAUCUGGAGGAAACUGUUCUGUUUGUGAUUACCAAGAUAGAGGAUGCCAUGCAGAAUGUCCUGACGGUGCAGUCCUGGCUGUCUGACAAUAACAUCGACGAAAUUGAGAAUAUCAAGGCCAAACCAUCGGCUGACCUCCUGAAGUGGGCGUACGCAACCCUCAAAGUCACCGUCAAAAACAACUUCCAAGGAGCAGCUGAACAUUUCCAACAGUACGUCGAUAACUACGACUGGCUGAUAAACGGGACGGCUAAACAACGGAUACAGACAUUCAUGGAGGAAGAUCACACCUUUGAUGAAUACACCAAAUUUAUAGACCAGUUCCGCCACCUGGCUGUGGAGAUCGUCAGCCUGCAGAAGGUCGCUCACUUCCACAUGGUGCGGCUAGAAUGCGAGGACAUCAAACACGGGCUCUCGGAGAAAGCAAGGAGCUUUGCGGAAAUGCUGUUGGACGGGCUGGUCGCGAAACAUCGAGAGGAAAACGAGCGAAUUUGUCAGGAGUUUGAGAAUAUUGUUGACAAGGCUCUGAACAUUCCCGAGGCCACGAAGGAAAUGCUGGAGAUGAUAGACUACGUGAAUGAAGCCAAGAGUAAAGGCAUCGCGGCGUUGAAUGAGAGAAUUAAAGAGCUUCACCUGAGACUGGAGUAUCUGUUGGACGUUUAUAUAUUCGAUCAGACAGACCUCGAUCUACAUGUCACUGUUCUCUUGUGGCCCAAGAAGAUCGUACCUAUUUUUGAUGAAAAUGAUGACCUGGUUGAGAAGGCAAAGCUGAAGGGCGAGACGGAGCUGCUGGCCAAGCGGGAGAAACUGAUCGUGGAGCUGGAGAAACUGUCACACCGCUCGGAGGAAUUUACCCAGUGCUCCGAACUUGACCUGAUGCCCCAGUACGUGAAUGAUGUACGGACGGUCCAGAAGAGGCUGCAAGAUGCAGAGGAGUUAAUCGAAUACAUCAACAGUGAAGAGGUCCUGUACAAGUGGGACUUGACCACCUAUCCACUGGCUGAUAUCAUCAAAGUCAACACUGAGCCCUUCCAGAAACUCUUUGCUCUGGUUCUCAAAUGGCAACGCAGCGAAAAGAAAUGGAUGGACGGCUCAUUCCUCGACCUGAACGGAGAAAGCCUGGAGGCGGAGGUCGACGAGUUCUUCCGCGAGGUUUACAAGAUGCUGAAGUACUUCCGGCAGAAGGAAAAGAAGGCCGAGCUGGAGAAGAAGAAGGUAGCCCCCCGCAGGCGGGUGGUGGCCGAGGAGGAGGUGGCCGAGGAGAAGAAGGAGAACGCCACCAUGGCCAUGUGUGACGUGGUCCUGUCCCAAAUCAGGGACUUCAAGGAAGUUGUUCCCAUUGUGUCCAUACUGUGCAACCCGGGAAUGAGACCCCGCCACUGGUCGCAGAUGUCCGAGGUGGUGGGAUAUGACUUAACCCCAGACUCGGGCACCACUCUGAGGAAAAUGCUCAGGUUGAAUCUCACUCCCUUCUUGGAGAAGUUUGAAGAGACCAGUGCUGCGGCCAGCAAGGAAUUCUCGUUGGAAAAGGCCAUGCACACCAUGGAUGAGGCGUGGGAGUCCAUCAGCUUCAAUACAAGUUUGUAUCGAGAUUCCGGUGUCUCCAUCCUGUCGGCUGUGGACGAGAUUCAAACCAUCCUCGAUGACCAAAUCAUCAAGACCCAGACGAUGAGGGGGUCACCAUUCUGUAAACCUUUUGAAGAUAAAAUCAAGCUCUGGGAGGAGCGGCUGAUCAACAUCCAGGAGACCAUCGAUGAAUGGCUGAAGGUCCAGGCACAGUGGCUCUACCUCGACCCCAUCUUCUCCUCCGAGGACAUCAUGCAGCAGAUGCCCGAGGAGGGCCGGCUCUUCCAGACGGUCGACAGGAACUGGAAGGACAUCAUGAGACACUGCGUGAAAAACCCCAAGGUUCUGACAGCUACAGCCAUGACGGGAUUACUAGCGAAACUGCAGGACUGUAACAAUCUACUGGAGAAAAUCAUGAAGGGACUCAACGCGUACCUGGAGAAAAAACGUCUCUUCUUUCCCAGGUUCUUCUUCCUCUCGAAUGACGAGAUGCUGGAGAUCCUGUCGGAGACCAAGGACCCACUGAGGGUGCAGCCCCACCUCAAGAAAUGCUUCGAGGGCAUCAACCGGCUGGAGUUCCUGCCCAACCUGGACAUCAGCGCCAUGUUCAGCAGUGAGGGCGAGAGGGUUGAGCUGAUCCAGAGGAUCUCCACGUCUGAAGCGCGCGGAGCCGUGGAGAAGUGGCUGGUUCAAGUGGAAGACAUCAUGUUGAGGAGUGUACUGGAUGUCAUAGCUCGAUCACAGGAGGAUUACCCGGAGAGGAAGAGGAAUGAGUGGGUGGUCAGCUGGCCCGGCCAGGUGGUCAUCUGUGUGUCUCAGAUCUUCUGGACGGCCGAGGUUGAGAAGGCAAUUCAAAUCGGAUCGCAGGGCCUCAACGUGUACAAUGGCAAACUGCAGCAGCAACUGAACAACAUCGUGGAGCUGGUGAGGGGGAAACUGUCCAAACAAACGCGCAUCACACUCGGUGCCCUGGUCACCAUCGAUGUUCACUCCCGGGAUGUGGUCGAAGGCUUGAUCGAGAAAGAGGUUUCUAGUCAGACGGACUUCAACUGGCUUGCCCAGCUGCGGUACUACUGGACUAAUGAGAACGUCCGGGUCCACAUCAUCAACUGCAACGUCAAGUAUGCUUACGAGUAUCUGGGCAACUCGCCGCGGCUGGUGAUCACCCCACUCACAGACCGCUGUUACCGUACUCUGAUCGGAGCGUUUUACUUGGACUUGGGCGGGGCUCCCGAAGGCCCAGCGGGAACAGGCAAGACGGAAUCGGUCAAGGACCUGGCCAAGGCGGUGGCCGUCCAGUGUGUGGUCUUCAACUGCUCCGAUGGUCUGGAUUACAUCGCCAUGGGCAAAUUUUUCAAGGGGCUGGCCUCUUCAGGAGCCUGGGCCUGCUUCGAUGAGUUCAAUCGGAUUGAGCUGGAGGUGUUGUCGGUGGUAGCGCAGCAGAUCCUCUGCAUCCAAAGAGCAAAGCAGAACGCUAUGGAGACCUUCGUAUUCGAGGGUACCGAACUACGACUCAAUCCAAAUUGCUUUGUUGCCAUCACCAUGAAUCCGGGCUAUGCCGGCCGCUCUGAACUGCCCGACAACUUGAAGGUGCUGUUCCGGACAGUUGCGAUGAUGGUUCCCAACUAUGCGCUGAUAGCCGAGAUCUCCCUCUACUCCUACGGUUUCCUGAACGCCAAGCCCUUGUCGGUGAAAAUAGUGAUGACCUACAGGUUGUGUUCGGAGCAGCUUUCGUCUCAGUUCCACUACGAUUACGGCAUGCGGGCGGUCAAGGCUGUCCUGGUUGCCGCCGGCAACUUGAAGCUGAAAUUCCCCACUGAGAAUGAAGAUGUGUUGUUACUGCGAUCGAUCAAAGAUGUGAAUGAGCCCAAGUUCCUCUCGCACGAUAUUCCGCUGUUUAGUGGGAUCACAAGUGAUUUGUUUCCUGGUAUUGUUCUCCCUGAAGCUGAUUACCAGCUUUUCCUGGAGUGUUCAGUUGAAUGCUGCUUUAAACAAGGAGUUCAGCCAGUCAAGCCCUUCCUGGCCAAAAUGAUCCAGACCUACGAAAUGAUGAUUGUGAGGCAUGGGUUCAUGCUGGUUGGAGAGCCUUUCUCUGGGAAGACCAAAACUCUACAAGUGCUGGCGGACACGUUGACGCUCAUGAAUGAACGUGGACUGAACGAGGAAGAAAAGGUUGUCCAUCGAACUGUCAAUCCUAAAGCCAUUACCAUGGGCCAACUCUUCGGACAGUUUGAUCUGGUCUCGCACGAGUGGACUGACGGAAUCGUGGCAAACACCUUCCGGGAAUUUGCCUCGGCCGAGACCCCCGAUCGUAAGUGGGUGAUAUUUGACGGGCCCAUCGACACGCUGUGGAUUGAGAGCAUGAACACAGUCCUGGAUGAUAACAAGAAGCUCUGCUUGAUGAGUGGGGAGAUCAUACAGAUGUCCCAACAGAUGAGCCUGAUAUUUGAAGUCAUGGAUCUGUCUCAAGCCUCGCCGGCCACCGUUAGCCGCUGUGGUAUGAUCUAUCUGGAGCCGGCCCAGUUGGGCUGGAAGCCUCUCGUUGUGUCCUGGCUGAACGGGCUGGCUAAGGUGGUGCCUCAGAAGGACCUGCGCAUCAUGCUGGAGGACCUCUUUGACUGGCUGGUCCCAGUUGCCCUGCACGUUCUACGGAAGCAAUGCAAGGAGCUGGUGCCGACCACUGACAGCAACACUGUGAUCUCACUGACCCGACUGUUCGACAUGCUUCUCUGGGACCAGCUGGCGGUCGACCACGAUAGCAAGAACGUUCGCAUCUGGAUAAUGGCUGCGUUUACCUUUUCCCUGAUAUGGUCCAUCGGGGCAUCUUGCGACAUGGCGGGCCGCAUAAUAUUCGAUGCCUUCCUGCGUGAGAUUGUAUCCAUCAAGUCUUCAUAUCAGCCUCUUCCUGCCUCUGUGGGAAAGUGGGAGUGUCCCUUUGAAGAAAAGGGUUUGGUCUAUGACUACAUGUAUGAGUUUAAAGGCAGAGGCCACUGGGUUCACUGGAAUGAAUCGAUCAAAAACAUUAAUUUGGGUGACAAGACGACGAAAGUCCAGGACAUCAUUGUUCCGACAAUGGACACUGUCAGGUAUACCUACCUGUUGGAUUUCUGCAUUACAUCAGGAAAACCGUUACUAUUUGUGGGCCACACGGGUACUGGCAAAUCACUGUACGUUCAGGAUAAGUUGAUGAACAACUUAAACAAGGAGCUGUACGUCCCUUUCUUCAUCAACUUCUCUGCAAGAACCAGCGCCAACCAGGUCCAGACCAUUAUCAUGUCACGUCUGGAUAAGCGACGGAAGGGCGUGUAUGGCCCGCCCAUGGGAAAGAAAUGUGUGAUCUUUGUGGACGACAUGAACAUGCCAGCGCUGGAGAUAUACGGGGCCCAGCCGCCCAUCGAGCUGCUGAGGCAGUUCUUCGACCACGGAAACUGGUAUGACCUGAAGGACACGUCGAGGAUCACCUUGGUGGACAUCCAGCUGGUGGCGGCCAUGGGUCCCCCGGGAGGGGGCCGUAACCCGGUCACGCCCCGGUUCCUGCGCCAUUUCAACAUCUGCACCAUCAACAUCUUCAGCGACGAGACCAUGGUGCGCAUCUUCUCCAACGUCGUGGCCUUCUACCUGCGCAACAACGAGUUUCCCACCGACUUCUUCACCAUCGGGAACCAGAUUGUCAACGCCACGCUCGAGGUCUACAAAAAGGCGAUCGAAAAUCUGCUCCCUACACCAGCCAAGUCCCACUACACCUUUAACCUGCGUGAUUUCUCGCGUGUUAUCCAAGGCUGCCUGUUGAUCAAGAAGGACGCGGUGGAGAGCAAGCGCGUGUUCAUGCGUCUCUUCGUGCACGAGGUGUUCCGAGUCUUCUACGACCGCUUGGUGGACGACACAGACCGCACCUGGCUCUAUAACCUGACCAGGACCAUCGUCAAGGACCACUUCAGGGAGAGUUUCGAUUCAUUAUUUGAUCACCUGGCCAAAGAGAAGGGGCACGUUAUGGAAGAGGACAUGAGAAGUCUGUUGUUUGGAGAUUACAUGAAUCCUGAUUUGGAGGGAGACGACCGCUUGUAUUCGGAGAUUCCCUCGGUUAAAGAAUUUAAUGAAGUCGUUGUAUUGUGCCUCGACGAGUAUAAUCAGACCCAUAAAACACAGAUGAAGCUGGUUAUAUUCAGGUACGUGCUGGAGCAUUUGUCGCGCAUCUGCCGGGUGCUGAAGCAGGCACGGGGCAACGCUCUCCUGGUGGGUGUGGGCGGCAGCGGGCGACAGUCCUUGACCCGUUUGGCCACUGCCAUGGCCAAGAUGAGCAUCUUCCAGCCCGAAAUCUCCAAGGCCUACGGCAUCAACGAAUGGCGGGAGGACUUGAAGAACCUGUUGCGGAGUGCGGGCAUGAGGGGCCACCCCACUGUGUUCCUGAUCACGGACACACAGAUCAAAGAGGAGGCGUUCCUGGAAGACGUCGACAGUCUGCUCAACACCGGCGAAGUGGCAAAUCUAUUUGCACCUGACGAGAAGGGGGAGAUCAUGGAGGGGGUGCGGCCUGCUGCACAGGCGGGGAACAAGCACGCGGAGUUCAGCCCCCUGGCGCUCUUUGCCUUCUUUGUGAGCCGGUGCAGGGAGAACCUGCACGUGGUGGUGGCGUUCAGCCCCAUCGGUGACGCCUUCCGUAACCGCCUGCGGCAGUUCCCUUCCCUCAUCAACUGCUGCACCAUCGACUGGUUCCAGCCUUGGCCUGAAGAUGCGCUGGAACGUGUGGCCAACAGUUUUCUGGAGACGCUGGAUUUGACAGAGUUUGAACGAGCUGAAAUUGUCCCUAUUUGUAAAUUCUUCCACACGUCUGUUAAAAAACUGUCAGUGAAAUUUCUUCUCGAGUUGAACCGUCACAAUUACGUCACCCCCACGUCUUACCUGGAACUGAUCGCUGCGUUCCGCCAGCUCCUCACCAAGCAGCGGGACACGGUGAAAAAAGCCAAGAAAAGGUACACCAACGGCCUGGACAAGCUGGCAUUCGCAGAGUCCCAGGUGGGAGAGAUGAAGAAAGAGCUGGUGGAACUGCAGCCCAAACUGGAGACGGCAAAAGUGGAGAAUGCCAACAUGAUGAAGGUGAUCGAGGUGGAAUCAGCGGAGGUGGAAGCAAAGAGCAAGGUUGUGAAAGUCGAUGAGGAGGCAGCCACUGAGAAAGCCACGGAGGCCCAGGCCUUGAAGAACGAGUGCGAGAGUGAGCUAGCAGAGGCCAUUCCCGCUCUGGAGGCUGCCCUCUCCGCCCUGGACACGCUGAAGCCAUCGGACAUCACGAUAGUGAAGUCGAUGAAGAAUCCUCCGCAGGGCGUCAAGCUGGUGAUGGCCGCGAUUUGUGUGAUGAAACUGAUCAAGCCUGAGAGGAUCAAUGACCCUUCUGGAACUGGGGAGAAGAUUUUUGACUAUUGGGGACCAAGUAAGAAGUUGCUGGGUGAUAUGAAUUUCCUCCGGGAUUUGAGGGAAUAUGACAAGGAUAACAUUCCGGUCGCAGUCAUGCAAAAGAUACGUACGGAAUACCUCACCAAUCCCGACUUCGAUCCGCAGAAAGUGGUGAAAGCUUCAUCCGCAGCGGAAGGUCUGUGCAAAUGGAUCCUCGCCAUGGAGGUGUACGACCGCGUGGCCAAGGUCGUUGCCCCGAAGAAGGCUCGUUUAAAUGAGGCGCAACGAUCCUUGGCCGAGACCAUGGAGAUUCUGAACCAGAAGCGAGCGGAACUCAAGGACGUGGAAGACCACCUGGCGGACCUGAAGAAGACCUUUCAGGACAAGACUGAGGAGAAAGCGCAGCUGGAGUUUCAGGUGGACUUGUGUGCCAAGAAGUUGGAGAGAGCUGCAAAACUCAUUGGAGGAUUAGGUGGAGAAAAGUCAAGGUGGUCAAAGGCAGCCGACGAUCUCCAGCUGGUCUACGACAACCUGACUGGCGAUAUAUUGGUGUCAGCAGGUGUGAUCGCCUACCUGGGCGCAUUCACUGCAGCCUUCCGUCACGAAUGCAUCAUUGAUUGGACCAAUAUUUGCAAGUCUAAAAACAUCCCGUCUUCAGGUGAAUUUUCCCUGAGCAAGACCCUGGGCGACCCGAUUAUAAUACGGGCCUGGAACAUCGCUGGGUUACCCACGGACAGCUUCUCGAUCGAUAACGGAGUGAUUGUUAGUAACUCCAGGCGGUGGCCGUUGAUGAUUGACCCACAAGGACAAGCCAAUAAGUGGGUGAGGAACUCGGAGCGGGAUAACAAGCUGAGUAUCAUCAAGCUGACCGACCUGGACUACAUGCGCACACUGGAGAACUGCAUGCAGUUCGGCACGCCGCUCCUCCUGGAGAACGUGGCCGAGGAACUGGACCCAUCACUAGAGCCCCUCCUGCUCAAACAGACCUUUAAACAAGCGGGCGUGGAUUGCAUUAAGCUCGGGGAUGCCAUCAUGGAGUAUUCGGUGGAUUUCCGCCUCUAUAUCACCACCAAGCUGAGGAACCCGCACUACCUGCCGGAACUGGCGACAAAGGUGUCUCUGCUCAAUUUCAUGAUCACCCCCGAGGGUCUGGAGGACCAGUUGUUGGGGAUUGUUGUCGCUAAGGAGAGGCCUGAGCUGGAGCACGAGCGGAACGCCUUGAUCGUCCAGUCUGCGUCCAACAAAAAGCAGCUGAAGGAGAUCGAGGAUAAAAUCCUGGAGACCCUCGAGGGGUCGGAGGGGAACAUUCUGGAAGACGAGAGCGCCAUUAAAAUCCUCGACUCCGCCAAAAUCAUGUCCAACGAGAUCUCCAAGAAGCAGCAAGUGGCGGAGAGGACGGAGCUGAAGAUUGCGGAGUCACGUGAGGGAUACCGCCCCAUCGCCAAGCACUCUGCCAUCCUGUUCUUCAGCAUCGCUGACCUGGCCAACAUUGACCCCAUGUACCAGUACUCCCUCAGCUGGUUCGUCAACCUGUACGUCAACUCCAUCCACGACAGCAAUAAGUCAAAGAUCCUGGAGAAACGACUGCGUUAUCUGAACGAUCACUUCACGUAUAACCUGUACUCCAAUGUCUGCCGGUCUCUGUUUGAGAAAGACAAGUUACUCUUCUCCUUCCUGCUGUGCAGCAAUCUGCUUUUGGCCAAGCACGACAUCAACUACCAGGAGUUCAUGUUCCUGUUGACAGGCGGAGUGGGCCUACAGAACAAGUUGAAGAAUCCCGACCCGUCCUGGCUCCAGGACAGGAGCUGGGAUGAGAUUUGCCGAGCAAGUGAUCUGCAAAGUUUACACGGACUGAGGGAUCAUUUCUCCUCGAAUAUCGGGGACUGGCACAAGAUCUACGAGAGCAAGGAACCCCACAACCGGCCCCUGCCCAACCCUUGGGAUAAAAAGAUCAAUGAGCUGCAGAAGAUGAUUGUCCUGAGGACUCUCAGACCCGACAAGAUCAUUCCAGCGGUGGUGAACUUUGUGACGGAGAAACUAGGCAGGCGUUUUGUGGAGCCGCCUCCGUUCGAUUUAUCUAAGAGUUUCGGAGACUCCAACGCGACCAUUCCAAUUUUAUUUAUUCUUUCCCCGGGGGCCGAUCCAAUGGCAAGUUUACUGAAGCUGACAAACGACAAGAACAUGGACGGCAGCCAGUUCCAGGCCAUCUCUCUGGGCCAGGGCCAGGGUCCCAUUGCGGGGAAGAUGAUCAAGGAUGGCAUGCUCGACGGUUCCUGGGUGUGCCUGCAGAACUGCCACCUUGCCGUGUCCUGGAUGCCCACCUUGGAGAAGAUCUGUGAGGAGUUCAGCGCCGACACGUGUCACCCCGACUUCCGCCUCUGGCUCACCAGCUACCCCUCCCCAAAGUUCCCAGUCACCAUCUUACAGAACGGAGUCAAGAUGACCAACGAGCCUCCCACCGGCCUGAGGUUGAACCUCCUCCAGUCCUACCUCACUGACCCCAUCUCCGACCCAGCCUUCUUCAGCAACUGCGCUGGAAAGGACUUGGCCUGGGAGAAACUUCUCUACGGACUCUGCUUUUUCCACGCCAUCGUGCAGGAGAGGAGGAAGUUUGGACCUCUUGGCUGGAACAUUGCGUACGGGUUCAACGAGUCUGAUCUCCGGAUCAGCGUUAGACAACUCCAGCUCUUCAUCAAUGAGUACGACAGUGUUCCAUUCGAGGCCAUCACGUACCUAACUGGGGAAUGUAACUACGGGGGCCGUGUGACUGAUGACUGGGACCGGCGGCUGCUGAUGACAAUUCUGGCCGAUUUCUACAACAUUGAAAUGAUCGAGAAUCCCAGAUAUAUCUUCUCCCCCAGUGGGAACUACACAUCUCCCCCUCGAGGCACCUACAAUGACUACAUUGACUUCAUUAAGAAACUGCCUUCUACGCAGCACCCGGAAGUAUUUGGAAUGCAUGAAAAUGUAGACAUUUCAAAAGAUCUGCACCAAACCAAGAUACUGUUUGAUUCGCUGCUGCUGACCCAGGGAGGGAGUGGCCAGGGUGGUACCUCAGGGUCCAGUGAUCACAUGCUGGAGAACAUCGCCUCGGACAUCCUGACCAAGUUGCCGAAGGAUUUUGAUAUUGACAAUGCGCUGCUGAAAUAUCCGGUGAAAUAUGAAGAGAGCAUGAACACCGUGUUGGUGCAGGAGAUGGAGAGAUUCAACACCCUGAUCCGUACCUGCACCUUCACCCUGCAGAACCUGCAGAAGGCCAUCAAGGGGCUGGUGGUGAUGGACUCGGGGCUGGAGGCCCUGGCGGGGAGCCUGCUGGUGGGGAAACUUCCCGAGAGGUGGGCCAAACACUCCUACCCCAGCCUCAAACCGCUCGGCAGCUACAUCACCGACUUCCUGGCCCGCCUCGAGUUCCUGCAGAAAUGGUUUGAUGACUCGAAGCCCAAUGUCUUCUGGCUGUCUGGAUUCUUCUUCACCCAGGCGUUCCUGACGGGAGUCAUGCAGAACUAUGCCAGGAAGUACACCAUCCCUAUCGACCUGUUGGGAUUCGAGUACGAGGUCCUGCCCCGAGAUAUGAUGAUGAGAUCUCCUCAAGACGGAGCCUAUGUCCAUGGACUGUUCCUGGAUGGAGCCCGAUGGGACAGAAGCAGUGGCUUAAUAGCUGAACAGCUUCCAAAGCUCCUUUUUGAUGCAAUGCCUGUCAUCUGGAUUCAACCAAAUAAACGAGUCAACUUCAGGACUUCGUCGGACUACGUCUGCCCGGUCUACAAGACGAGCGAGCGCAAGGGGACGCUGUCCACCACGGGCCACUCCACCAACUUUGUCAUCGCCAUGAUGCUGCCCACCGACAAGCCCGUCGAACAGUGGAUCAAGCGAGGAGUGGCUCUGCUCUGCCAGCUGGACGACUAGCGGCAUGGACCUCUCUCUCUCUCUCUCAAAGGACGGCAAAACCAAACUCAACUCCUUCCAAAUGCGCUCCGUUAAAGCCACGUGCGUGCCCAACCCCCAUCUCAACUUAGCAUUCAUUCAAAAAUACUUUACUAUUGUUUUUUCGAAACUAUAUUAACUAUAAGAUAGAUGAUAUUUCUACUUAACACGGAUGAGGAUUCCUUUGUAUGUCUCGCCUUUCAUAGAUAAAAAAAGGUUACAUUUGGCGCAUUCCACAAGGAAUCAAAUGUGAAAAUCAGGUCAAAUUAAUAAAGACCAAAGUGUUUCUAAUUCACAAACAAUGUGUAAAUAUUCUCUGUUCAAGAAGGAACUGCAGAUGCUGGAAAAUCGAAGGUAGA